AAAAAAAAAAGUUAACUCAAAAUUCUACUGAGGGGGAAAGAUUGGAAAAUCUAAGCUCAAAGACACUGAUUUUGAUGGCGGCGUUGCUUAACAGUUACAACUAACACAGAUAGACAAGACUCGAAAUCUCCAAUGCCACCCAACAUCAAACUGAAACCCUCUCCCUUUUCUUCAUCUCCAUUCAAACACACCAACGCCAACGCCAACGCCAACGCCAACGCCAACGCCAAUGCCAAUCCAAUACCAACACAACCCAUUAACCACUCCCACCUCUCACAACUCCUCUCCAAACCUAACUCCGAUUGGCUCCUCUUACUCAACCAUCAUUUCCGCACCAACAAAUUACUCCUCACACCCCCUUCUCUCUCUACCAUCUUCCAUAACCUCCAUAACCCACUCCACUCCAUCAAAUUCUACACAUGGCUUUCCACCACCAACCCUUCCCUCGCCAACAACCCUUCCCUUCAACGCAUUUUAUCCAACACUUUAUACACAAACGGCCCCGUUCUUCUCUCCCCUCAAUUACUCAACGAUCUUCAUAAAUCAGGUUUUAGGGUUUCCCAAAAUUUACUAUGCAUUUUGAUGUCUAGUUGGGGUAAGCUUGGUUUGGCUAAAUAUUGUGUUGAUGUUUUUUCUCAAAUUUCGAUUUUGGGUAUUUCCCCAACUACUAGGUUGUAUAAUUCUCUUAUGGAUGCUUUGGUUAAAUCUAAUUCAGUUGAUUUGGCUUAUCAUAAGUUUCAACAGAUGAUUGGGGAUCAUUGUUUUCCUGAUAGGAUUACUUACAAUGUUCUUAUUCAUGGUGUUUGUAAGAUUGGUGUUGUCGACGAAGCUAUUCGUUUGAUUCGACAAAUGAAGGGUAAGGGAAUAUUUCCUAAUGUUUUUACUUAUACGAUAUUGAUUGAUGGGUUUUGUAAUGCUAAGAGGGUUGAUGAAGCUUUUGGGGUUUUGGAGAAGAUGAAGGAGAGUAAGGUUUCUGCCAAUGAUGCUACGGUUAGGACGUUGGUUCAUGGGGUUUUUCGAUGCGUUGAUGCGAGUAAGGCGUUUGAGUUGUUGUCUGAGUUUUUAGAUAAGGACGAUGUUUUUUUUGGUAAGGUAGCUUGUGAUACUCUAUUGUAUUGUCUCGCCAGUAAUUCUAUGGCAAAAGAGAUUAUUGUGUUUAUGAGAAAAGCAUUAGAUAGAGGUUAUGUACCUGACAGUUCCAUUUUCAAUGUUGUGAUGGCUUGUUUGGUUAAGGGAGUUGAGGUGAGAGAGGCGUGUGAGGUAUUUGAAAUUUUAAGGAAGCAGGGCGUGAAGCCGAGUAUUGGUACUUAUCUUGCACUUGUUGAAGCUUCGUACAACAAUGAUCGGAGAGAGGAUGGGGAUCAAAUUUCUGAUAAAAUGAUUAGUGACGGGCUUAUUUCGAAUGUCAUUUCGUAUAACAUGUUGAUUAAUUGCUUCUGCAGAUCGAACUUGAUGGAUAAAGCAUCUGAUAUUUUCAGGGAGAUGCAGCUUAGAGGUUUUGCUCCUAACCUUGUUACUUUCAAUACCCUUAUUAAUGGCCAUUGCAAGGAUGGGGCAAUAAUUAAGGCACGUGAGCUUCUAGAGACACUUUUAGAAAAUGAACUUAAACCCGAUAUCUUCACCUUUAGUUCUAUGAUUGAUGGUCUCUGUCGAAUAAAGAGGACCGAGGAAGCUUUUGAAUGCUUUAAUGAGAUGAUUGAAUGGGGCAUCAACCCAAAUGCUAUCAUUUACAACAUACUGAUUCGUUCUUUAUGCGGCAUUGGGGAAACUGUGAGAUCAUUGAAACUCUUUAGAAGAAUGCAAGAGGAAGGAAUAAGCCCUGACACCUACUCCUAUAAUGCUUUGAUUCAAAUUUUCUGUAGGAUGAAUAAGGUAGAGAAAGCUCAAAAGCUUUUUGAAUCCAUGUUAAAAUCUGGCUUGAAUCCUGACAAUUACACAUACAGUGCUUUUAUAGAGGCACUGUCUCAAUCUGGGAGAUUAGAUGAUGCCAAGAAGAUUUUUUACUCAAUGGAGGCAAAUGGUUGCUCUCCUGAUUCAUAUUUAUGUAACUUAAUUGUUAAAACAUUGAUUCGACAAGAUCAUGUUGAAGAGGCCCGAAAGGUUGUAGAAAGAUGCAGACAAAAAGGAAUAUCUUUGAAUUGUAUUCCGAAUUCGUAGACUGGUUUCCUAUUAGUUUUUGGAUGCUGCUACAUUAUUGAGAGUUCUGCCGAGAAGAUAUUGAUACAGGAUACAUACAGGUAUCUUAGAUUAUAAAGUUGUGUUGACACGAAGGACUUGUGAUAUGGUGGGAUGCAUGAAUUAGUUAUGCACAUGUAUACUAAUAACCAAUAGGGUUCUAAUUAAAUUUUGGAGAUAUCUUUGUUAGCCACCUUGAAUGCCAAUACGAAUAUAUAUAUACCUAUAUAUAUUCCUUAACAUUGAUAUUAGCCACGACAACAAUGAAUUGAUUAUACGUUACCUCCACAGUAUGUUUAGGGUAGGAAUGUCAAACUGAAAUUUUAUUAGAGACAAGCACACAGAGGCGAGGAAAAAAUCACAAUAUUGUCUAAAUAAUGUGGAGAAAUGAGUUGAAACAAUGUUAUAUUAGAAUCAAGGACACUAGGAGAAUAAUGUCACCUGUCACGAUUAAGGAAUCUUGUGAUUUGAAGUUGUCUUAUUGAGCUGAGCAUGUAUUUGACUAUUAAUGGGCAUGAGUAUUUUGUAUUGUUGUUACAUAUUCUAUAAGAGUAAGUCCAUCAAGGUUAGGCACAUUUGUUCAUAUACUAGAUACUAAAAAAUGUAAGUUCCGUGACCUAACCUGAAUGUUAUUCUACUUCUGAAUUCCCAAUCACACAAAACACAUUCUAAAAUGAUAUUUGAAAUUGAAAAUUGUUGAUCACAUUAGUCCCUUCAGGACAUUUUUAGGGGCUAAAUUGACUAACCAAAAAGGACUACCGUGAUCGAUGAUUUUUAAUUUAAGUAAUUCAUGAAAUUUAGAGAGCAAAUUGUACAAAGAUGGAACCCGUGAUUUUAGAGACAGAAAUUAAGUACAGAAAGAGAUCAAACAAUAGAAAAUUAGGAUGUUUUUAAUUGAUAAAAUGAGAAGAAACUGUAGGAGGGAAAUUAUCCCAAUCUACCCCAGAGCCAAACUCCUCAGAGAAGAAGAAAACCUCUCAGCCUAACCAUAAAUUGUUCAUGCAAAAUAUUCUUCAUAAUCCCCCGCAGUUCACUCACCUUACUAUUUAUACUAAUAAGGCAUAACAACUUCCCAACUAAGCAUCCUACCCCAUUCAUUAUUUACCCUAUAUUUUUACCACACUCUUUAUCAUAUAAUAUCUCUUUUUUACUUAUGACCUCUACUAGGGUCUCUAUCUUACAACUUCUACAAUUUCAGGGACUACAAUAGUGUUUCACUAUUUUUUUAGCAAAUGAAAUACAGUUCUUGGUAGGAAAUGUGUAUAAUGAAACUUCAACUUCGAAGACCAUAUUUAGAGAAAACAAGUAAUCUUGUAUUGUUUUUUAUUCUCCUCCGAUGAAAUCACUCUUAGUUAAACAGUUAUCAUCUACUGUAUUUAUUGUCAGGUAGGAGAGAUGGAGGUAUUAGCUACUUCUAAGAGUUUAUGUCAGUAUUUUAUUAUGAAUUUUGGGAGAUUGUAAUGAUCUGAUAUGAAGAUUCUGGUUACAAGGGGACUUCUAAUUUCCCAAAGAGCAUUUCAGGAAAAUCGUGCUGCCAAGCUCUAUACAUUAUUAAAAUUUUUGUGGAAGCUUAUAGCAUUACAUGGAAAAAGAGCUGAGUCACAUCAACUACUGUUGCACUGAGUUGUGGGUUUCAAUUAUAAAAUGCAAGAACUGCUGGGAAGAAUAAUACAGAUCAGCAUUAGUUGAGUUUGAUGCAUUUUUUGAGAAGCUAAUUAGUACAGCAGACGUGUCUCACUUCAACUAACUUGAUGCUCAGCAUCAUCUCAGGUACUAGCUUUGCAUCUUAACAGACUGUAUUAUUGCCAUUUACCGCCACAAGAUUUCUUUGAUCAGAACAGCAUGCAGAUGCUAUAAUAAUGGGGUUGAGAUCCUCUCUAUUUCUUAAAAGAAAGGCGCAAUGAGGAUCAGACCAUGGUAUUGGUCCUUAUUAGGCCGCCUUAUCUUGUAUUUAAAUAUUGUGAAUAUGAGAUAUAAAAUUCAAAUUUUCAUUGUUGUAAAUUUUUUAUCUAUGGUUUUUUUCCAAGCAUGGAACAUCGGUGUUGUCACUGUUUUUCUCUUAUAUUCAGUUAUCUUAUGAUAUGACUUUUGUCAUGAUGAAAAGUGAGUUGCAGAGAUUUUUUCUCCUCACUAGUGGAACUUGAGGUGGCAAAGUGAGUUGCAGAGAUUUUCUUGAGAUGGCUAAGAUCCGUAACAUUGGGAUAAAAAAUGGUUUUAUUUUCUCAACCACCGUCAAACAUACAUCAAAGUGUGGGUUCCUUGAAAGAGUUGCAUAAUUUUUUACAUUGAAGAAAAAUGUGUAUUAGUUCUAUAAAUAUGACACGGCAUUGAAGAAACCACGUAAUAGUAGUGAGUGAAACCUAAAUUGGAUUUCUUAAAAAAUGACCAGUUUAAUAUGCUCUUAACCGCAUAUGGAAAGCAUUUAAUAAUCUCAUUAGAAGCAUGUUAUUUUUGAAAAUUUUGAAACUAUUUUUUAAAUAUUUAUAUGUAAAUCCCAGGUAAUUUUUAGGUGGUCACAACCACAGACCGAAAAUAUAUUCAUUUCUCUCUACA